GAAGCGCAGAUCAAACACCGGUGCAGGGUGCAACAGUGAAGAUUAAAUAAUACUCAAAUUCACUCUCCUGCAAUGGGAAGUGCACGUACCAACACGUUUCUGAUCACCGGGGGAUGUGGGUAUUUUGGAUAUCGGCUGGCAUGCUCCCUGCAUAAAAAAGGAGCCAAAAUCAUUCUGUUUGACAAAGUUCCUCCAUACCAAGCAAUGCCAAAGGACAUGGAGUUUGUUCAAGGGGAUAUACGUGACCAUGCACAAGUUGAGAAGGCCGUCACUGAUGUGGACUGUGUAUUCCACCUUGCCUCUUAUGGCAUGUCUGGCAGGGAGCAGCUGAACCGGGAUUUGAUUGAGGCUGUGAAUAUUCAAGGCACACAAAACAUCCUGAAGGCCUGCGUGGAGCACGGAGUGUCCAGGUUGGUGUACACCAGCACCUUCAAUGUGGUGUUCGGAGGACAAGUGAUAGAGAAUGGAGAUGAAAGCCUCCCUUAUCUACCUCUCCAUCUUCACCCCGACCACUACUCCAGAACCAAGUCCCUGGCUGAGAUGGCAGUGCUAAAAGCCAGCGGCACAGCACUGCAGGAUGGCUCUGGGGUGCUGAGAACCUGUGCCCUGCGCCCAGCAGGCAUCUACGGGCCUGGAGAGCAGAGGCACCUGCCCAGGAUAGUUGGCUACAUAGAGAAGGGGAUCUUCAGGUUUGUUUAUGGUGAACCCAGCAACCUGGUAGAAUUCGUCCAUGUGGACAACCUGGUGUCAGCACACGAGUUGGCUGCAGAUGCUUUGACAGCAGAGAAGCAGCACUGCUCAGCUGGCCAGGCCUACUUCAUCUCAGAUGGCCAGCCUGUCAACAAUUUUGAAUUUUUCAGACCUCUGGUAGAGGGCUUGGGCUAUCCUUUCCCCAAACUGCGCCUACCUAUCUCUCUCAUCUACUUUUUUGCCUUUCUCACAGAAAUGUUCCAUCAUCUCAUCGGUCCCCUCUAUAACUUCCAGCCACUGCUGACACGUACAGAGGUGUAUAAAACUGGUGUGACGCAUUACUUCAGCAUGGCAAAAGCUAAGGCAGAGCUUGGUUAUGAUCCUCAGAGGCACAACCUGGAUGAGGUUGUACAAUGGUUCAGAAGCAGAGGCCAUGGAAAAAAAUGUCACAGCUCUGUCGUCAGUCGAUUCGUACGAAAUGUCCUGGUUGUCGCUGCCUUUGUGGCCGUGGCUCUCUCUUUUCUUCCAGUCGUUGGCGGUUGAUUAGCUGCUAAAGUAAAAAUAUCAAGCUGACAUUUUCCAAAAUGCCAUAUGUAGCCUUCUGUAUCAAGACUGGUUCAUGACGAGGUUGUUUACAUGUAAACUUAUAUGACAAGUACAGAUUGUAUGUCAUAAGAAGCAGCUGUCUACAGGCUAAUUUACAACAAUUUCUUAAAAUUAACAUGUUUAAUUAAGGACCAUCUCUUUUGAUACUGUAAUACCUAUCACAUGUGAAUAGAAUGGUAUACCUCAUGUCUUCAUUCCAGAGAUUAUUAGUGUAAUGCUACCUCUUUUCUCCACAACAGUGAACAUUUUCUGGGGGCAAAAAAUUACAAAAUAGGUGCCAAUGUUUUUCAUACUGUAUGUGUGAAAGUGUAAAUAAUUAACAACAAAUGUUGCAAUAAAUAAAACGUUU